GCCCCCAGUUUGCAAAAGCCAGAGGUGCAAGAAGCAGCGACUGCAGCAGCAACAGCAGCGGCAGCGGCAGCAGUAUCCUCCGCAGGAGCAGCAGCAACCAAAAAAAAAAAAAAAAAAAAAAAACCCUCAUCAAAUCCUCACCUAAGCUUUCUGUGUAUCCAGAUCCACAUCUUCACUCAAGCCGGGAGAGGGAAAGAGGAAAGGGGGGGAGGAAAAAAAAAAAAAAAAGCCCAACAACUUAGCGGAAACUUCUCAGAGAAUGCUCCAAAACUCAGCAGUGCUUCUGGUGUUGGUGAUCAGUGUUUCUGCAACCCAUGAGGCGGAGCAGAAUGACUCUGUGAGCCCCAGGAAAUCCCGGGUGGCAGCUCAGAACUCAGCUGAAGUGGUUCGCUGCCUCAACAGUGCUCUGCAGGUCGGCUGUGGGGCUUUCGCAUGCCUGGAAAACUCCACCUGCGACACAGAUGGGAUGUACGACAUCUGUAAAUCCUUCUUGUACAGCGCUGCUAAAUUUGACACUCAGGGAAAAGCAUUUGUCAAAGAGAGCUUAAAGUGCAUCGCCAAUGGGGUCACCUCCAAGGUGUUCCUCGCCAUUCGGAGGUGCUCCACUUUCCAGAGGAUGAUUGCUGAGGUGCAGGAAGAGUGCUACAGCAAGCUGAACGUGUGCAGCAUCGCCAAGCGGAACCCCGAAGCCAUCACGGAGGUCGUCCAGCUGCCCAAUCACUUCUCCAACAGAUACUAUAACAGACUGGUCCGAAGCCUACUGGAAUGUGACGAAGACACAGUCAGCACAAUCAGAGACAGCCUGAUGGAGAAGAUCGGGCCCAACAUGGCCAGCCUCUUCCACAUCCUGCAGACGGACCACUGUGCCCAGACACACGCGCGUGCCGACUUCAACAGGAGGCGCACCAGUGAGCCGCAGAAGCUGAAAGUCCUCCUCAGGAACCUCCGAGGUGAGGGGGACUCUCCCUCCCACAGCAAACGCACGUCCCAGGAGAGUGCAUAACCAGGGAGAGGUAUACUCACCACACCUCACCAAACUAGUCUCAUUUUAGCGGUGUGGACACACACCAACGUUGAGUUGUACUGUGCCUGGUUUGAUUUUUUUUUUUUUAAAGUAGUUCCUAUUUUCUAUCCCCCCCCCUUAAAGAAAAUUGCAUGAAACUAGGGUUCUGUAAUCAAUAUCCCAAACAUUCUGCAAUGGCAGCAUUUCCCACCAACAGAAUACAUGUGAUCAUUCUGCCUCUCCUCCGGAGAAAGCACCCCACCGCCCCCCCUUCUAUCACCUUCCUCUGCCAUGUCUUUUCCCAGCUCCCCUCAAAUGACCCUCAAAACACAAAACAUUCACAUAACUGCCCAGUCACUGUAAUUUGAAGAUGUGGAGCCCUUUUAGAAUGGUUGCCCCAAUAGCGAUAGCCGAUGAGAAACUUUAUUUAAAUGCAUGUCUUAAAUGCUCAUAAAGAUGUUAAGUGGAAUUCGUGUUAUGAAUCUGUGCUGGCCAUGGACGAAUAUGAAUGUCAUGUUUGAAUUCUUGAUCUCUAAUGAGCUAGUGUCUUAAGGUCUUGAUCCUCCAAUAUCUAAUUUCCUUUCUGAUACAUUUACCAAAUUGCUCGAGCCUGGCUCUCCAGACUCUGAGCUUGCAUCUUCUUGCAUCUAAUGAAAAAACAAAAAGCUAACAUCUUUACGUACUGUAACUGCUCAGAGCUUUAAAAGUAUCUUUAACAAUUGUCUUAAAACCAGAGAAUCUUAAGGUCUAACUGUGGAAUAUAAAUAGCUGAAAACUAAUGUACUGUACAUAAAUUCCAGAGGACUCUGCUUAAACAAAGCAGUAUAUAAUAACUUUAUUGCAUAUAGAUUUAGUUUUGUAACUUAGCUUUAUUUUUCUUUUCCUGGGAAUGGAAUAACUAUCUCACUUCCAGAUAUCCACAUAAAUGCUCCUUGUGGCCUUUUUUUAUAACUAAGGGGGUAGAAGUAGUUUUAACUCAACAUCAAAACUUAAGAUGGGCCUGUAUUAGAUAGGAAAACCAACAGGUUUAUCUGAAGGACCCCAGGCAAGAUGUUAAUCUCCCAGCCCACCUCAACCCAGAGGCUACUCUUGACUUAGACCCAUCCUGAAAGAGCUGUCAUGUCCAACUGGGAAUUACUGGAACCAAAAAGAGCAUCCCUUUGGGUUUGGACCACUCACAGCAUUGAAGAGGCUGACUAUAACCUUGAGAAGUGGCAGUUCUCAACUUGCCACCUCUCAUCGAUGCCUAGUACUCUGGCAGAUGAUGACAGGGUGAGAGACUUUCCAUUCAAUCAAUCAGGAACGAGUCAACCAGCCUUUGGGUCUUGAGUCCGGGGGACUUAGGGCUGAGGGAAUAUGAAUAACCCUGGGCUGUCCAGCCUUAAUAGACUCCUCUUACAUUUUUGUCCUGUAGCACGCUGCCUGCCAAAGUAGUCCUGGCAGCUGGACCACCUCUGUAGGAUCAUUUAAAAAAAGAAAAAAGAAAAAAAAAAAAGUAAAGAAAGAGGGGGAAGAGCUGGUGGUUCGAUCAUUUCUGCCGUGAUGUUUACAAGAUGGCAACCACCAAAGCCAAAUGAUUAACCUAUCUAUGAACAACAGUAGUUUCUCAGGGUCACUGUCCUUGAACCCAACAGUCCCCUAUGAUCGUCACUGCCCACCAAAGGUCCAUGUUAAGAGAAGAAGAGGGAGGAGGGGUGGGACUGCAGGGGCCACUCCAAACUCGCUUAGGUAGAAACUAUUGGUGCUUGACUCUCACUAGGCUAAAAACUCAAGACUUGCCCUGAACAAGCGAUAGGAAUCCUGGUGGGAGGAGGGAGGGCACAUUCUCCAGGAAAGUGAAAAGCAAUACAACUUUACCAUAAAGCCUUUAAAACCAGUAACGUGCUGCUCAAGGACCAAGAGCUGUCGCAGCAGACCCCGCAGCAGCAGCAGCACACAACGUGGCUGCCCUUGUUCCCACACAGCCUCCAAGCAUGCUGACAUCAGAUCGUUAAGGGCAUUUUUAUACCCGAACUGUCCCAUCCCCAGGUCCCCAAACAUAUGGACACUGCCUUAGCCUCUUGGAAAUCAGGUAGACCAUAUUUCUAAGUUAGACUCUCCCCCUCCCUCCCACCCUCCCAGGCAAGGCUGACUUCUCUGAACCAGAAAAGCUAUUAAAGUUUGUGUGUUGUGUCCAUUUCGCAAACCCACCAAGCCAGGACCCCACCCCACCCCCAAAUGCAUUGAGUAGUUCAUGAGUAUUCCUAGCAAACUCUUUUCUUUCCAUCCAGUAGAUUUUCUUUCGCUGUGAUCUCUUACAAACCGUGGUACCCGCCUUUUCUCCCCACGAUGGUAUUUAUAUAUGUAUCUACAAUACAUGUAUCUGCAACAUACAGAAAAGCAGUUCUCACAGUGUUGCUAGUUUUUUGCUUCUGUCCCCUGCCCUCCUCCCUCCCUCCCCCACUCCCCCAUUAAACUUCCAAAGCUUCAUCUCGUGUUUGCUGCAGAGUGAUUCGGGGGCUGAUCUAGACCACAGUUUGCAUGAUUCUUUCUCUCUUGUGAUUUGGUUGCACUUUAGACAUUUUUGUGCCAUUAUAUUUGCAUUAUGUAUUUAUAAUUUAAAUGAUAUUUAGGUUUUUGGCUGAGUACUGGAAUAAACAGUGAGCAUAUCUGGUAUAUGUCAUUAUUUAUUGUUAAAUUACAUUUUUAAGCUCCAUGUGCAUAUAAAGGGUAUGAAACAUAUCAUGGUAAUGACAGAUGCAAGUUAUUUUAUUUGCUUAUUUUUAUAAUUAAAGAUGCCAUAGCAUAAUAUGAAGCCUUUGGUGAAUUCCUUCUAAGAUAAAAAAAUAAUAAAGUGUUACGUUUUAUUGGUUUC